ACUUCCGCUGUCCCGCGGAGGGCGGGGGAGCGAACUGUUGUGGUGCGGAGCGUUGGGCGGGCGGCGGCCGGGCGGCCCAGGGGCUGCCACGGGACUCGGGGCGCAGCCGAGCGGCUGCAGGGGUGGGGCGAGCCGGACGCGCCCCCGGGCCCGGGCGCCGCGGGUUCGAGGCCGGGCCCCGCGCGGGGAGGCCGCGCCACCCCGGGAGAGCUGCCCGGCGGCGAGUUUGCCCCGCAGCCGAAAGAAGGCGGGAGCCGGCGGGGGCCCUCGAAACCCCCUGGCAAGCCGGGCCCGGAGUCCCCGGGGAGCGGCUGCUUCCUGGGACGCCCUCCCGGACGCCCCCGCCGAAGGGUAACGGUUCUGGGCCCCCGGCAGAAGGCGCCUCCGGGUGACCCCCGGCGGGGCCCUGCGAGCCGCGGGAGCCAACCCCGGGGCCUCGAGCGGGGAGGAAAGGGCUUUCCAAAGGCGCGGAGCCGGGGGCCGAAGGAGCCGGAGCGCGGCGGAGCGGAGCCGGGCCUCCCGGGCGCGGGGCAGGGCAGCGCCUGGUCUGGGGACGGACUCCGGGACCCUCGGGUGCGGGGGCCUCGGCGACCUGCCCCGCGGGGCGCGCGGCCGCGGAGUGGCCUACAGGGGAUCCUCCCGCAGAGGGGCCGGCCCGGGGCGGGGAGAUGAACGGCUUUAGCACGGAGGAGGACAGCCGCGAAGGGCCCCCCGCCGCCCCCGCCGCCGCCCCGGGCUACGGCCAGAGCUGCUGCCUCAUCGAGGACGGCGAGCGCUGCGUCCGGCCCGCGGGCAACGCCUCCUUCAGCAAGAGGGUCCAGAAGAGCAUCUCGCAGAAGAAACUCAAGCUGGACAUCGACAAGAGCGUAAGACACCUGUAUAUCUGCGACUUCCACAAAAAUUUCAUCCAGAGCGUACGAAAUAAAAGGAAGAGGAAGACAAGUGAUGAUGGCGGAGAUUCUCCUGAGCACGAUACUGACAUUCCUGAGGUUGAUCUGUUCCAGCUGCAGGUGAACACUCUACGGCGUUAUAAACGACACUACAAAUUGCAGACCAGACCAGGCUUCAAUAAGGCCCAGUUAGCAGAAACUGUCAGCCGACACUUCAGGAACAUACCUGUGAAUGAAAAAGAGACGCUCGCCUACUUCAUUUACAUGGUGAAGAGUAACAAGAGUCGGCUGGACCAGAAAUCAGAGGGCGGCAAACAGCUUGAGUGAGGAUCAAGUGCAUCAAGGAAUGAAGUAUAAUGCUGAACGCACAGGUGAAAUCUACGUGUAAGCCCGUAAAGACUGUUCAAUUUUAUUGUAAAUAAAAAAGUUUGAAUGAUGAAUACUGUAAAUCUUUUUGGUCAGGAGGAUUAUAUUCUCACGUUCAGCAUGUGCAUACAAAGACUUUCUUUUAAGGCAACUACCGGACUGAAAAAACAAGAUCACUGAGAGAUUUAAAAAUGAUGUAUUGCAGCAUUCAACAACGCAUUAAGUCAAUUCUACUGGAAA